UAAGCAUGUUCUAUAGUAGCGAUUCUUCCGCGGAAGGGAACAAAGAAAGGAAAUAUUGGAAAUAUAUUCAGGAGCAUAAUAACGCUGAUACUUCAAGUGAGAAGUUAGAUCCUGAAAUCAUCUCCAGUUUUCUUAACAAUAGUAAUAAUUACAAAUCAGUUGAUUUCACAAAUUCGCAUUCAGCAGAUAUGAUAAUCAAGGAAAUCGCUAAGUCAUUCCUUGCACAGAAAGAGGUUUUGCCAGACAAGUCCUUCUUCAGUCCUGAAAAGGACCAAAGUCUUCUAUCUCGUAGAGAGCUUGAGAUAUUUGACAAUAGCAUUCAGAUGAAUUCGAGCAUGAAGAUUAACAAAGAGGAUGGGAAAGAUAACAAAUCAAGCUUCUCAGCUUCAAAGAUUAGCAGGAAUAAGCCUACUGAUUAUAUCGAAGAUACUGACUCUAAAAUAACUAAAAAACCAAGAAAGAGUAAAAAAGACAUCCAAAAUAAUUUCCUCAAAGACUUAAUUACGCACAAGAGGAAGAAUCAGGAGGCUUCUGGGAAAGUACCUUCCUUGGAUAAGCCAGACCAGAAACAAACGACGACACAUCAGCUUGUUAAAAACAUGUUUAAUAAAACUCUGGAUAUUAAUAAUCACCUGCAGAAUGAUAUAAGUCAGGGACUUGAUACUGAAAAAUACCAGGCCUCCCAAGCAUGCUCAGGAUGUGAGACCAAAAAGAGGAAUUCCAAGCCAACACAUAGUAAAUCAAGGAGGUCAAUGGAGUCUAGAUUGCUUAAUGUGAACUCCUCAAAAUUGAAAGUUAAAAAUUUUAGCUCAAAGAAAAGUACUCAAGCAAGGAGCUAUAUAAAGGAUGGAAAAAUGCUUAGUACAUAUAAACACAUGAAUACUAAAUCAACUGGGAUGAUACAGCCAUUUAGCGAAGUUAUUUAUGAAGGCAAUGAAUCAUGAGAACUCAGUAACUCAAAGAAUAGUCUAUACUCCUCAAAUAUACCUAGGUUUGGUAAUAAUACUACCAACCGAAAGAUAGGAUCGAACAAGGCAGUCACUAAGUUUAGAAAUGAUUAUCUGAAGAAGAAAAGGAGGAUGAAGACAUUAAACUCCACUCAUAGUUUGAAAAAGUCAGCUUCCUCUAGCAAGUCUUUUUCAUCUCUGAAUUCGAAGCAAGUUUAUAUGAGUAAAAAUGUGGAGAAAGAUCAGAAGAAUAAUUCUGGAAUUGCCAGUAUUGGUAAUGAGAAAGGAAUCAGAAAAUGAGAGAUUAAGCUGAUUAAUAAAUCUGAUGAGGGUGCUGUUGGGACCAAUUUUAGUUCAAGAACUUCAUGACUACAAAGAUACAGGUCACAAUCCCAUUUACCAUCAACUGAAUGCUUUUCCAAAACUGAGAGUCAAAUUCUUCAUGAUGAAAUUCAAAACCUUGAGGUGAAGAUCUCAGUACUUGAAGGAAAAUUAUGACAAGAGCAGAAAAAUUCAAUAAUAAAGCAGGAGAAGAUGAAGGAGGAGUUUCAAGCACAACUAAGCAAGAAGGACCAAGAGCUAAAAGUCUCAAGGGAUCAAAUAUCACAACUCUUAAGGAUCAUUGAACAGAUGACAAAUUCUCAAAAGUUGCGGUCUGGUCAAUCGAAAAUUUCAGAAUCUAAUGAAACUCAGUGAAUAAAAGUCAAAGAGAAUUUUGAAGUUUCUUCAAGCGAUUUAACUAAUAAACAGGUAGAUAUUAACUCAGAUGGCACUUAUUACAUCAAAGAAGGUAACUAUGGGAAUAUAAAAUUGAAAGAGCUUGACUGAGGAAGCUAUGAUAGUGAUAAAAUGAGUAUUCCAGGACCUUCACCUACUUUAAGUAACAUCUCAGAAGGAAUAGCAGGCAUUUACUCUUUGAAUGUCAACGAAGUUCAAAGAAAUAUAGUUAAGACCAGCGAAAACCUCUUUGGUCAUCCUCGUAACUCUAUGAGUAAAUAAGUUUGUCUAUGAGGGAAAUGAUAUGAAGAAAAAGGCACAAGAAAGAAUUUCGGUGACAGCAAGACCAAGUAUCGAUGAAAAUGAACCAGGAAAUUCUAUUUUAAAGAAGCUUGAAAGUCUUAGGACUCCCUCUUCCAAAAUAUUCAAGAAAAUCUUAAAAGACGAGUCCAAACUAGAAUAUAAAGAGAAAAUUUUUGAAGAUAGUAGUGAUGAAUCAAAGAAUCAAGCACAAGCUCUUCCAAGCAGCACUUGAUUAUCAACUCAGUUUAUGAAGAAAAGCUCGUAUCCUUUAUCAAGAGAACAAAGCGUGAGUAGCACGAAGCCAGUUUUUGGAAAGAUUCCUCGUCAAAAGGUUAUUAAUCUUGAUGACCUCUCUUAGAAGAAAAUUUUUCAUCUGUUAACUAAAAAUAUGUUAUUCAAUUU